AUGGCAUUCUCGUGUGGUGUUAAAUUUUCUCGAGCACUAUUAUUUUUCUUAAAUUUAAUAUUUCUAAUAUUUGGCAUAGUCCUUUUGGGUUUUGGUAUUUUUAUCAAAACUGAUAAAGAUUUUAAAACUAUCUUAACUACAUUGUUUAAAACAACAGAUGUAGAAGGCUCAGCAAUAAGAUCUUUGGCAUAUAUUAUGAUCAUCGUUGGUGUUAUUACAGUAAUAAUAGCAGGAUUCGGUUUUAUGGGUGCAUUGUGGAAAAAUCGUUGUUUUUUGUAUAUGUAUGCUGUUAUUCUUGCCAUUUUGAUUAUUGCCGAAUUAGUUGGUUUCAUAUUGGCUUUCUGGUACAAAGGUAAAUUAGAAGAAGUUUAUAAUAAUGAUUUACUUGAAGUAUUCAACAAAGCAUAUACUAAAAACGAAACGGAUACGCAGAAAGCAAUUGAAAGUAUAGAAGAGCGAUUUAAAUGCUGUGGAAUUAGUGGUCCCAAUGACUAUACCAAACUGAAUCUAACAGUACCUUCAGCAUGUUUCAUAUGCGGGGGGCCACAAACGUGUACCGGCUGUGCUUCAAAAAUUAUAGAUUUUUUGAAAGAUAAAUUACCAAUAUUUGGUGGAAUAUUGGGUGGAUUUUUACUAAUUGAAAUAUUUGGUGUUGUAUCAGCGAUAAGUCUCGGUGUAGCUAUUUCACAUUCACCAGACAGAUAUUCGUCAUAG